AUGAGCCAAAACAACCUCCGGCGGCCCUUCCGCCCCAACGUCCAAAACCAGCCACCUGUAGCUGCGUUCUCGGCGUCGCAGUCUAUCGAUGGAUCGGGGUUUGCCAAGGGGUCUGUCCCGACGGGAAUGGUGCGCCUUGAUCGGGCGCUGGAUAACACCGCUGCUGCUCAGGGCCGGCAUGGAGGGCUCCUGCGUGGUCAGAUAACGGAGGUAUAUGGGCCACCGGGUGUGGGAAAGACUUCGUUAGCGUUGACUGUUGCAUCAACUACGCUCCGCCGAGGCGGAAAAGUCGUCUGGAUCGACACAAGCUCCCCAAUUCCAAUGGGCCGACUCAAAGCAAUGACCCCAUCAGAAUUUCUUCCAAACCUCAUCCACAUGCGCACCCCAACUCUCCCCCAUCUAAUGGCCGUCCUAGCCCACCCGCCAAACGGCUUCCCACCCCAAGGCACUGACGUCCUAAUAGUCGACUCCGUCUCCUCAGUGUUCCCCCCCUACUUCAUCAACGCAUCAGAGUUAAAAGACCGACACGCCAAAGGCAAAAUCACCGAUAAACUACAGCUACAAUUUCUUCUAAACCGGAGGUGGAACGUCACAUCCGAACUAGCCUCCCAUCUCGCUGCGCUCUCAAACCGCGGCAUGGCCGUGCUAGCUAUUAACCAGACACACACGAAGAUCAAGGGCCAGCCGCGUGCGACGUUGCAGCCUUUGCUUUCGAGUGGGGGGUGGGAUAAGAUCGUCUUGUCAAGGAUAGUUAUGUACCGCGAUUUUCCUGAUCGGCGAUAUAUGGAAAUUACCAAGAGGGGCGGGAAGUGGUUUCCUGUCAGGAUGAGCGAGACGGUUAUCUCGUUUGAGAUUGGGAAGGAGGGUCUUCGACAGCCUAGUGAGGUGGUCGAUUUGCAGGAGAGACUCGAUCGUUUAAAAAAUGCUGUGCCGUUAAGGCAGACUCAGGCUACGUCGACUCGGCCUGUGCCUACUGGUACUCAGACUAGGGCUGUUCAGCCCACGCCUCCUCGGUUUAUGCCUAUUCAGCCCACGUCUACUCAGCCUACGCCUGCUCAGACUACGCCCGCUCAGACUACGCCUAUUCAGACGACGCCCAUUCAGAAUACGCCCAUUCAGCCGACGCCUACUCGGAAACGCAAAGCACUCGACGAAAUUGCGGAUAGUCAAGACGAGGAGUCGGAUGAAUAUGACUGA